CAACUCCAGCUUUAGCGCAACAGCACACACAGUUGUAGUAGAACUUUAGUCUCGGUAAGACGUUUCCGCGGACGUUCGUGGUCGCGUCGGAUUCUGGGAAGAAUACCUAAGGCUUCUUCUUCGGCCCCCAAUUGUCAGCCAGCGCGUGUGGAGAAGGAGAACAAUAAAUACACACACGGAAGUCGUUGUUUUGCUGUGCGCACUCGUUCGCUCGCGUUCGUGUUCUUUCUUUUUCUCGGCGAGGGCCAGCGAGGGGAUGAAUGAACCUGUGCAACCGGUGCAACGACGACGGUGUUACGAUGUUCCGACGACGUCUUCCGGUCCGGUCAAACGCGGUCGUGUGGUAGUAGUGUAGAGUGGUCGCGGUGCGUAUUCUCGAUGCGGGGGACACGCACCAGAUGGUGAGCGACUAAUAGUGACCAUUCGUGGAGUGUGUAGUUUUUCCUGUUGUUUUUGUCGCACACAGAUGAUGGUGGUGUGUGACCGUGACAUAAAUCGUAGAUUUAGAGGCUGGUGAACAUAAUAAACCCUUAGGCAUAAGGAUCCUGUGUAGCAGCACUCAUGGUGAACUCAAAUAGGCAAGAAAAAAAAACGAAUCAAAAGAAUAGUUACCAAUUCAUUCACCUAGAAGAGCAGUUCGAGCGGAAGAAGGAAGCACCGAAAAAAAAAUAUAUAUAUACAGCCACAUAGAUCCAUGCAUUCAACAGUACAUAAAAAAUCAUUCGUUAAUUAGAACUAUGACUAGUGGCUUUUUCUGUGUGCGCAGAUGUGGCAGAGGUAAGUGCGAAUGAGGAGUGCGGGUGGGCGAAACGCCGGGGGAGUGUGUUAGGAAGAGUGUGGAUCAGAAAGCGAUAAAAAGCAGAAGCCGAAGGCAAAUGGAUCCACAUCAAGAGAAGUAAUAAUUGAUUACGACCUCCGCCACAAGUGGUGUUUGCUGUGCGGGAAAUUAAAAUUGAUGAGAAGUGAAAAAUUUAGAGUGUAUAAUCCGUAGAAUAAAGGUAGCAGUGCGUGUGGGUGCGUGUUUUCUAUUUUGGCGCCCCGAUUGUGAUGGUGAUGGCACGGAGGUGUACAGUUCCGACCAGCUAGAUGUAUUAUCGAAGAAAAUUUAUUAGCACAACAAAAUACAAAUAAUGUGUACAUAUAUCCUACAAGAGUUUGCUUGAAUCAUAUCGCCCUCGAGAGGGCAAAAGCUGUCCAAGUGUAAGAUUUUAUCUCGCAUUUUCCUUCGGAUCGUAUUUCCCGAGGCUCGUCCAGUGUCGUCUAUGUGUGUGUGUAUGUUUAUAUUGGUGUUUUGAAUAAUAAUUGCAACAGCAAAGUGGCGGUCGGAGCAGCAGGUGUGAAUGAUUUCCGGUGUGAGUGCGCGAGCGCCCGGUGCUGCGAUUCUCUGUCGGUCGAAUCCCCGCAUGUCAACGGGGAUAUCACUUUCUAGUUAUGUGCUUUCGAUUAAAAUUUAAAUGAGUGUUUGGUGAUGUCAUUACUGGAUGAUAAUGAACUGGAUUAUAUUAGGGGUGGUCUUCAUCCUAACGCCACAGCUUCGCUUGGAUCCUUCAUCGCCGCUGUCGAUUUCCUCGGCGGAGUCGUCCUCAUCGCUGAUUGCCAGUCUGCUGAGCGCCGUCCACGGCAAUGGCCCGGUCGGGAUUGCAGCCGUCCACGGGACUCCAGUCAACCCAGAUCCUAUUCCGGUAUCGCUGGGGGUGAUAAAUCCAUUCAUCAAACACUGGGAACCGGCACGGUUCGACCGCAGCCAGCUGGAGCAGGCCCAUCGGCAUCACGAGAGCCAACGGCGCCGGAGACGCAGUGUCAACUAUGACCACAGCUCGGCCGGCUACGGCCCAGCCAAUGUGGUCCGGCUGAGCUUCCACGCCCAUGGCAGAGAGUUCAGUCUGGUUCUGCGUGAGGAUCCAGCCUCGAUCUACGCUCGUGAUGUGCAGAUCGAGAACACCGAAGGUCCGGUGGAUUUUGAUCUGUCGCGAAUCUAUACAGGCAUCGUGGAAGAUGACGACUCGUCCCAGGUGCACGGGGUGCUGACGCGCGACAACCUGUUCGACGGUACCGUCGUCACGAAUCUAGAGCAAUACUAUAUCGAGCCUGCCGUCCGGUACGGGCCGGAACUGGAACGGCAAGGCGUCCAUUCUGUGAUCUACAAACUCAGCGACGUCAAGAUUCGGCAGGAUCAUCACGGCCACACGGAGGGAAGCGCUGGGGGCAUCAACAGCAGCAGUAGUAUUAGUAGUAAUAGUGAUUCUAGUGAUAGUGAUGGCGGUGCGGAGGUGGAGCUGAAUGCUCGAAAUCAAUUGAAUCAAAAGUCUGAUGAUAGUAACAGUAGUUCGAGUGAUAGGCUAAGUAGACAAAGUAGUGCUGCGAGUGAGUCGAGUGAUUGGCUCAGCGGAGACGGAAGUGGGAUCGCUUCGGUUCAGAAUGGUUCGUUCCGACGGAAGAGGAGCAAUCGUAAAAGUGAUAUCAAACGGAGGAAACGAUGGGUACCAGAAGAGAUGCAGGAGAACCGCGGCAACCCAUCGCUCCCGCUGGACCUCGAGGUUCCGUACAACGACGACUACAGUCUCACGCGCAACCACAACCUCAACCUCAACUUCAAGGAUCGCAUCAUCACUCGAACGAGUCUAGCGAACAGUGGGGCCGGACUGCAGCCUCCGAGCGGUGGCAGCGGGGGAAUCAGUGGCCAAACGGUGAACCGUAACAUCAACACCAACCUGCACGAACGGUUUCACCCGCCGACGACGAUCAACAACCGGAAAAACCACUUCUUGAUCAAUACGUACAACCCGGGCGCGGAUCUUACCCAACGGAUUAAUACCCGCAAUCGGAACAUCAUCGGCAAUGUCUACGACCAGAAUGCGGCCAAUAGCAGUGUGAAUGGUGCUGGCAGUGGUGGUGGUGGUGGUGGAAUCGGGAACAGUAACUCAAACCCGAACCACAAAACACACGUGGAGAUCAUCACCAAGAACGGAUCGACAAAGAAGAACAUCAUUGUGAACAAUUACGAUCCGGAUGUUACGAUCACCGGUGGCAAUGGUGGUAACGUGAACCUGAACGUGCGGAACGAAUUGAACGAGCAAAAGCAAUCGUUCGCCAACUCUCUGUACGACCGGAAGAGCACAUGUAUGUUGUAUCUGCAGGCAGAUCACACGUUCUUCCAGAAGAUGGGUUCGGACGAGUCGAGCAUCGAAGCCAUCACGAGACACGUGCAGCGGGCCAACAUGAUCUACCGGAAGACGGAUUUUAACGGCGACGGUAAACCGGACAACAUCACGUUCAUGAUCAAACGCAUCAAAGUGCACAAUCUGAACGCCCUGAAGGAUCCGUCGUAUCGCUUCUCCGGCAGCUACGGGGUGGAGAAAUUUCUGGAACUGUUCUCAGAGGAGGACUACGACGCGUUCUGUCUGGCGUAUAUGUUCACGUAUCGGGAUUUCGAGAUGGGCACCCUCGGACUGGCCUGGACCGGCGACCUCAAGAAUGCCGGCGGUGUCUGCGAGAAGAACGGGCACUAUCGAGGAUCGCUGAAAUCCCUCAACACCGGCAUUGUGACAUUGCUGAACUAUGGCAAGCAUGUGCCACCUGCCGUUUCGCACGUGACGCUGGCGCACGAAAUCGGACACAAUUUUGGCUCACCGCACGACCCGGAGCAGUGCACGCCGGGGGGUGAAGAUGGCAACUUCAUCAUGUUCGCCCGUGCCACAUCCGGCGACAAACGAAACAACAAUCGCUUCAGCCCCUGCUCACUGAAGGCCAUAGAGCCGGUGCUGAAUGCGAAGGCUCGCAGCGCCAAAGGAUGCUUCACUGAACCACAAGCGUCGAUCUGUGGAAACGGCGUGGUGGAGCCCGGCGAACAGUGCGACUGCGGAUGGGAAGAAGAUUGCAAGGAUUCCUGCUGCUACCCGAUGUCACGACAUCCUCGGUUCGACCAGAAGCCCUGCACUCUCACGCCGAAAGCCCAAUGCAGUCCCUCCCAGGGUCCCUGCUGCACCCUGGAGUGUACACUCAAACUUGGCGACAAGUGCCGAGAUGACAACGGAUGUCGUGAUCCGGCGUACUGCGACGGUACGAUGGCCAUGUGUCCGCCGUCAGUCAACAAACCAAACAAGACGAUCUGCAACAAGGAGUACGUGUGCUACAUGGGCGAAUGUACCGGCUCGAUUUGUCUCGCUUACGGACUGGAGUCCUGUCAGUGUGCCGUCGGUCCUCAUGAUCCGGCCAUCCGGGCCUGCGAGCUGUGUUGUAAACUACCGGGCGAGGAUAAAGCCUGUCUCAGCUCGUUUGAAUGGAACGACCCACCGUUCGAUGUGCCGGAUAUGUACGCAAAACCGGGAACGCCUUGCAACGAUUACAAUGGUUACUGUGACGUUUCGCAAAAGUGCCGCGAGGUAGAUCCGUCCGGCCCAUUGGCGACCCUGCGCAAGCUGCUCCUGUCGGAAGAGAGUAUCGCCAGCUUCAAGAAGUGGGUGGUGUCCAAUUGGUACGCCGUUGUGCUGAUAAUCGUCAUUGUGUUCGCAUUACUGAUCCUGAGCGCGAAACUGCUGGGCAAGCGGACAAAUCUGAAACUCAAAACGGUAACCAUCAUCCACAGUGCCACGACGGAAACGGUGCGGCUACCGGAGGACAACAACGGCGUCAUAGUGCACACAGCUGUACGCACCAAAGUGCCACUCAGGAAAAAGGUUCGCGGCGAGCGUUCGAAAUCGAAGACGGGACCCAUGCCGGCGAGCACACAACAGCAAGCGAUCCCGAAGCAGCUGCUGGCGACGGCAACCGGUCAAGGAGGAAUAGUAACCACCGCAGCGGCAGCAGAAAACUCAACCGGAGUAAUUCCAUCCACCUCGAAGGAUCGAUUCCAUCUGUCCAGAUCGUCAACGAACAACCCCGCCACGGUGGUCAUCAAACAGGUGAAACGACACGUCGGAAAAACGACAAUUACUACGGCCAACAACACCGACAGCCCGAAGAAGUUGCUCAAGAAGAAGAAGAAACGCUCCAGUGCCACCCCCGGGGGUCCUUCCGACGAAUCCCCAGUGAAGGAACCGAUCACUAAGCAGAAAAAGAAGAAAACCAAACUGAAACACAAGGAGGUUAUUGACUAUUCCAACAGAAGCGAUACUCAUAACCAUAGCAACACGUUCGGAAAAGUGCAUAGGUGGCUUUUGGAGUCGCCGAUAGUGACAAACUCCACGAAUCAGUUCGAGCAUGCCUCCAAAGUAACCAACAUAAUGAACAAAAGUAUAUCAACGCCGGAACACCUGACGGCAACAACCACCGCUGCCGCCGUCUCACAGCAGCAGCAGCGAUCUCCAAAAAAGGCCCGCGUGAAGACCAAAUCGGUCGGUAAUCUCAACGAGAAAGUUCGCCUUCAGGUUGUCUACAAACCACCCUUCAAAUUUAGCUUGAAACUCUCCAAGAACGACCCUUCGGUGAAAACCCACAUCGUCGCUGGCCCGAUAGGAAAGCGAAAGGGCAGAAUGGUGGAUCGGAAACGGGUCGCUGCCGCGAUCCAGUCCGAUUCUCAACGGGGGAGAAACGCGAUCCUGGUGCGACCGGCGCUGGAAGAUGCGAUACCCAUCAUGAAUCCCCUGUCGGAGCCAAACUAUGAAACGCUAAAUCCACGUAACAUGCCGGAGGCCCCAUCCGAAGCUCAUGUGUAUGAGAAUCUGAGCUUCAGCAAUGGUGGUUCCGGUUCUACCGAACUGCCCAACUCAGUGCCUCCACCUAUCAAUACAGCAACAUUCCGAAUCAACCGUAGCGCUAGUGGUAGUAACAUAAUAAACUCCAAUUCUCAGUUUAGAAAUCCGUCGAUCACAGCGUCGGUGCGACCGUUUGCGGCCUCUGGGCUGCGGGGAAGUUCAACGAAUCUCACCAGUAGUAGUCAUAGCAAUAGCAAUAGCCGCGAACGGGACAGGCACCGUCGUUCCUACGGCGGAGCAGCCGGUGGCGAGAGCACCGAAAGUCUGAUACGUUCCAGUACAACGAAUCUAGCCAAAUCGUGCAGUAAGCGGGGUAGUUUCGCCGAAAACCGGCGAUCCAGCUCAACGAGUCUCCACCAGAGACACUUCGGUUCGACGUCGAACCUGCACUCGAUGAAGCGACACUCGGGUUCAUCGAGUCAACACCUCAACCAGGAACCCCACGAAUCGUCCGUUAUCGGACGGCGGCACAGCACCAUCGUGAAGCCCGUAGACGGCUGCACCAGUAGCAGUAGUAUGAAGAAGCAAAAAAUCUCCCGUACUUCUAGCAGUACGAACAUUCCCUCCUCCGGCAGUGGCAACAGUGAGAGCAUCGCAUUACGACGCAGUAGCAUAGGUCCCGGUAGCGGUAAUAAACCUCCCAAUUUAGCUUCUUCGCCCAGCCAAAAUGUCCUCUCCCGUCAGACUUCGCUAAGUAUCAACGCUCACAAAGCACCGACAUCGGGGGACCGAAGGCCCCAUACAUCCUCCUGUGAUGAGAGGCAGACGGCAUUCGAGUGGCCGCCAGCGGUGAUCGCCAAAAAGCGCGACAACGAUCCGCUGGCGUCCGACCUGGAGGUUAUGGUUUCGGAUGCGGAAAACCUUGCCAGCGAUGAUAGAUAACCUUAGGUUCACGCUUGAUUCCGCUGGCAACACAAGCUGUAGCGCUUGUCCUCGGAACGGUUUUAAAACGAGACGCUUCCUAAAUUUUCACCCGAGCGCUCCUCCCACAACAAGGUUUUGUUUUCAUCAAGUGCCAAGUGACCCCCCCGUUUACACAUCAAUCACACAUCGCCAUCUAUUUGUCAUUACGAUCUACCGGAGGAAGUGGUAUGUCAAUCAAUCAAAAUUAUUUGUGAAUGAAUAGAUGUCUGAUAUUCACAUACACUAUUUUUUGCGAAUGGAAGCAUAUCAGCGACAAAUAGGACACUUUAGUGAAAUAUGCAAUAGAAGGAUUCGUACGAGUCACAGUCUGUCGAUACUAGUUCGACAGCCAUAGGCGACUGACUCAUACUAACAACAAUCGAUAGAUCUAUCAGCACAUUCCACUCAAACACGAAAAAAAAAACUAUUUUUCCUUCAAAAUCACCCCCAAACUCGUCGUGAUCACUUCAUUCGGAUAAACAUUAUCAAGCAGAAAGUUAAGAGAAAAAAGAGAACGAACAAACGAAAACCUGCCAAAAUUUACCAUAAUUUUUUCGUGUGCAACGACACCACAUUUACUUUUAUUGAAUUUUUACAGAGUAAUACAAAUUUUAGCCCACAUUUGAAUGAAUAACAUCAUUUCAACCAAGAAAACACCCACACACACAUUAGGGUAAAGUAAUUCACAAUAAAGAGUAUAAUCGUGUAAAUAGUAACCAUUAGCUAUUAUUAUGGAAUAAGUCCUGCUAGCCGACUGGUGGCAAAGCUUUCAUUGUGAGUAUUGAUAUGACAAAAAAAACAAAACAAGCAAACAAACAGAAAAAAAAAUCAAGGAAAACUCUAACCAACAUUAACUUAACAAUUGAGAAAGGAUUUAAUUUUAUACACCUAACGAUAAGGGAAAGGCUAAAACAGAUAACUAAUUCGAAUAGGUUGAAUGUGAUUCUUAUCUUUAAAUAAAUCAAAUUUAUAAGCAGAAGAAACGUGAGACAUCACUGUAUGUGGAAUAAGAUUUUUAUUUUUAACUCUAGACUCUAACAGAGAUAGCAAAAGGAUACACAAAAGAUAAACUAUUUAUGUAAUAAAGACUAGGGGCCCAGCGCAGACACGAUCCCAAUUCCGCAUCAUUAGAGCAGAUUAUGUUGAUCCAGAGUUUUUCACGCGAUCCAACCCCUCGGAAAUGAUUCCAAGAGUGGAGUUCUUUAAGAACCUUUAUCACUUGAAGACUCCCAGAUGACCUCAAGAAACAAAAUAAACUGAAAGAGAAAAUACUCUUUAUUUUUUUAUACACGAUCAUGCAUCCGCCGACUUUCAGCCUAUUGAUUUUCCGCCGCCCACAUACUCAAACAAAAAAAAACUAAAGCAGUAACGUGAAAAAGAAGGAUUCCUACAAGAUAUUACUAUGGAGACGAGCGAAGAGAGUACCAAUUCAAAGCCGAGAUACUACUUACUACUGAACUACCGAAAUGCAAUUAUUUUCUGUGAACAAAACAAAGAAACAAACAAAACUAUCAAGAUGUUUUAUCACACCAUUAUAUACCACACGCUGCGUAGCAUAUUGCAAUAUUUUCUACUACCGAUGUUAAUUCACAGCGUGACACCACAAAAAAAAACAAUAAAAAUAUUCAAUCAAGGCAAAGGACAGAGCCAAUAUUUUCAACACUACAUCGCGGUUCAGAUUUCACCGUGUGCGUGUGGACAAUGUCGCAAAAAGUUAUUGUAAAUAUCGAGCAAAUUAAAUUAUUGCCAUCAUUGAGCGCGAAACGGAAAAUUGAAGAAUAAAAACAACAACAUAAUGAUGGUCGUGAUUCAGCCCUUCUGAUCGGCAAAAACACCACACUUCCACGAACGUAUGAUUAUUGUUCUGAUUAUUAUCAAUUAACGCAGCAGCGCCCAGCUACGGGACGACACGUAAUGGGAUUUUUGAACGGGAUCGACAUACAGACAAUGUGGUACCACGAAAACGAAUGAAAGCUGCCAUAAACAAACGAAAACAGAGAAGUAAUUUAAUUGUGGUAAGAAUCAAUCGGGAAAUUAACGGGCAAAAUGCGAUUGUGAACCAGAAGUCAGUGAAAUUAUCAUAAAUAAAAAUUGAUGAAAAGUAAAACAA